CGCGACGGGGCGCACAUGCUCGGCUGAUAAGGUUCACAAUGGCGGGGUGCUGCCGGCUGUGGCUGCUGGUGGCGCUCGCGGUGCCGGCGGCCCGGGGGCCGGCCGCGGCCGCCUACGAGGAUCCUGGCAGGUUCGGCGAAGUCCCGGCGUUUGGAGACGACAUGAGGUGGGAGGACACGGCCACGUGGAGGGACAUGCCCGGCGGCGUGGUGUGGUGCGGCUACCAGUACCCGGGAGACGACGUGGCGCGUCGCGAGCGCUCCUACAUCGCGCGGGUGUACCGCGGCGGCAGCAUCGUCCCGGGCAAGGCCACCUACUGGGGCGCGGCGGCCGCGGUGGCCAACUCCACCUUCACCAGCGUCACCUCCUACCAGGUGGCCCUGGUGAACCCGCAGCGGGUCGCGUGGGUGGCGGCCUACAACGGCAACAUUCCCCCGGGGGCGCCGAGCGCCGGGCUGACCCGCGAGGGCCAGCCGCUCUACGUGUGCAAGUUCCACCACGAGCGGCGGCUGUCCAUGGCGUGCGGAGCGGUGCAGCGCUACACCGAGCGGUGCGUGGCCGAGAUGGACGGCCAGCUGGUCUCUUCCCCCGUGUACGAGGUGCUCGUGCUCACCACCGGCGGCUUCGAGGAGGGCAUGAACGAGCGCAGCCACCACCGCUCGGCAGUGCCCGUCGUCGGCCGGGCCGCGGUGGGUUCGCUUCCUGUUUCCGGCCUGGCGGUGACCGAGCAGGGCGUGAGCGCCACCGACGGCCCGCGGGAGCCCCGCACCUCAACGCCGUAGCGUCGUGACCAUCACGUGGCCACGUGGGACUUGGACAAUAAAAUGAGUCUACGUAA